AUGUUCGCCACCGCGAAGCAGCGUCGGGGGUUGGUGAAGCUCCGGACGCGCAAUCGCUACGUCGGCGCGGAAACGAACGUGAUCGCUCCAUCCCGUGCUCCCUUGCCAUCGCAAGUCGACGCUUUCAAGGGCAACAGCACCGAGGAGAUCCCAGGCGCAGCGCCUGCGCCAGUGAAGCAAAAGCCGAACUUCAAGCCCACCGGUCUCCUGGCAAGAGAGGCAAACACCGUGGCCGGUACCACAACAGUGCUCAAAUACCAUGAGCCGCCCGAGGCACGAAAGCCGAAGCAGCAGUGGCGCAUGUAUGUUUUCAAGAAGAAAGACUUGCUCGACACCAUCCAUUUACACCUACGGAGCGUCUGGCUCGUGGGCCGAGAUCAGAAAGUGACAGACUUGCUACUCGAACAUCCGAGCAUCUCCAAACAGCAUGCUGUGAUACAAUUCAGACACAUUAGCACGACCAACGAAUACGGUGACAAGAGCAGCAAAGUCAAACCCUACAUUCUCGAUCUUGAGAGUGCUAAUGGGACGAAACUGAACGGGAAGAAGAUUGCCACCAGCCGCUUCGUUGAGCUUGUUGACGGCGAUGUUGUAGCUUUUGGAGACAGCGAGCGCGAGUACGUGGUUAUGCUCCCGCCACCGGAUGGCUAA